CUAUAAGAUUAAAGUAUUGUAGUAAACAGCAGUUUAACGAGAAGGAGAAUGUGUGCACUUGUCAAUCUUAUCUUCGUUAUAUCUGUCCAUUUUGUCAUACAAGCAUGUGGAAUAACAGAUUUUUUUAGCUGGACUCAUGCACAACAUUCCGAUUCUAACAUCAAACAAUAUGUAUUAGAUAACUUCAAUACAGAUACGCAUGCAGCUUUUGGAUGGAAGUUGGACAGUGAUACAGAUUCAUUAAAGCUUGCAGCUGAUCCUGAUCAUCAUUCAUCCGGUUAUGUUCUCCAGGUAUUUUAUCAACAAGGAACCCGUACUAGCUACGACAGUCAUGGUCAUUCUUGUCCUGACAGUGGAAAGGCACCAUGUAACAGGGGAGCACAGUUCUAUGUGAUGCCGCCAAGUCUUUAUCAUAAAGGACGGACCUUUGCAGCCCUUGAAUAUGAGGUGUUUUUCAAAAGUGGUUUUGAUUUUGUAAUUGGAGGGAAAUUACCCGGACUAUGGGGUGGCUCUAGAGAAUCAUGUAAGGGCUGUUCUGGCGAGGCACACGACUGUUUCUCAACAAGACUGAUGUGGCGAGCUGAUGGACACUAUGAAGUCUAUGCAUACAUUCCGUACAAUCAGGAUGGGGGCUUUCAACACUGGUGCGAUCGUUAUGAACACGAUCAUAAAAAAGUUAUAUGCCCAGCAAGUAAAUGCGGAGUAGAAAUCGGAAAGACGUCAACCGAUAAAUUUAAAUUCAUACCAGGCCAGUGGUAUAGAAUUCGACAAGAAGUGAACCUAGGACAUCCCAAUCAACAUGGACGUGUCACACUAUGGGUUAAUGAUAUAAUGGUCGUUAAUAUGAACCUGGUUCUUCGUCGGUCAAGCAGUGUUCAUAUUGAUGGAAUGUUCUUCUCUACCUUCUAUGGCGGGAGUUCAAUAGAUUAUAGUAAACAUGGAGACACAUAUGCUUAUUUCAAAAAUUUCCGAAUCACCGACGAGAAGAAGCCAAUACAUCAUGGCGAAUUCUUUGUAGGGAAAUGAUU